CAGCUACGGUCUGGGACGACCCAAGGACGGUGAGGCAGAGAAUAUCCUCUUGAGAACAUAAUAUACAGCCAUGGCAUCUACCGAGUGGCUGGAAUAUAUACUGCUUCAUUACCGGUGGGUGGUAGUGGUAUUCUUCCUUCUUCCAGCUUCACUGUGUUUUGAUGUGUAUUACUACACACGAUCAUGGAUCAUCUUCAAACUUAAUUCAGCUCCUGAACACCACGAGAUGAGAGUCAAGGAUGUACAACGACAGGUUCGGGAAUGGAAUAUAAAUAGCGAGGCUGUCCCUAUGUGUACUGCGCGGCCAGGGUGGCAGUCAAUAAGCUUCAGGGAGGCUGCCUACAAGAAAGCCUUCCACAAAAUACAAAUAAAUAUGGUGGAUAUCUUGGAAAUUGAUACAGAUGAGAUGACUGUACGCUGUGAGCCGCUUGUAACAAUGGGUCAGCUGACUCACACUCUCACUGAGCUGGGAUGGACCAUCCCAGUCGUGCCAGAGAUGGAUGAUCUUACUAUCGGUGGACUGGUAAUGGGUACUGGUAUAGAGACGUCGUCACACAAGAUGGGACUGUUUCAACAUAUCUGUGUAGCAUACGAAUUAGUAGUGGCAGACGGCUCAGUUUUAAUGUGUUCUGAGACUGAAAAUAGAGAUUUGUUCUACUCUGUUCCAUGGUCGUACGGCACCCUGGGAUUUUUAACAGCAGUAAAAAUUAAAAUUAUUCCCGCUCAGAGGUUUGUUCGUGUGGAAUACAAACCUUGUUACUCCCUGGACGACAUCGUUAAUACUUUUACACAAGAAACCACGAAAGUUGAAGGAAACCAGUUUGUGGAGGGAGUGAUGUACUCUCUGCACUCUGGUGUGGUCAUGACUGCUAACAUGUGCACAGCUGCUCACCCUGGCCAACUCAACAAAAUUGGACGAUGGUAUAAACCAUGGUUUUUUAAGCACGUAGAGACGUACUUAAUAAAUCACGAAACUGGUGUGGAAUAUUUUCCCCUUCGAGAUUACUAUCACCGCCACACAAGAUCUAUCUUCUGGGAGAUACAGGAUAUAAUUCCAUUCGGAAACAAUGUGAUAUUCCGUUACCUGCUGGGCUGGCUGGUGCCCCCUAAAGUUUCUCUACUCAAACUGACUCAAGGUCAAGCUAUCAAGGAACUGUACGAGAAAAAUCACUUCAUACAAGAUAUGCUGGUUCCUCUCACAGUCAUGAAGGAAGCACUUGCUUUCUUUGAAGAGGAAGUCAAGAUAUAUCCCAUCUGGCUAUGUCCUUUCAAAUUGCCUGCAAAUCCUGGAAUGCUUCAUCCCUUAAAUGGAGAGGAAGCCGUGUUUAUUGAUAUCGGCACCUAUGGUAAGCCUGGAGUUCCAAGCUACGAGCCUACACACACUACACGCAGAAUUGAGAAAUUUGUACGAAAACAUAAAGGAUUUCAAAUGAUGUAUGCAGACUCGUAUAUGACUCGAGAAGAAUACCGUGAAAUGUUUGACCAUUCACUGUAUGACAAAAUGAGGAAAAAACUACAUUGUGAAAGAGCUUUCCCUGAGGUCUAUGAUAAAGUUAACAGGAAGGCUCGCAUUUAACAUCUGGUUAAUUUGCGAGGAUUACAGCCGAUCGACUAAGCUGUUAUUUAAAGCGCUAUACCUGAUGUAUACCGAUGCUCAAGAAUAUUUUAAAUACCCAAAAUUUUAAAACCAACUUUAAAAUUAACAAAUCAUAAUAGCUAGGAAUAAUAUAACUCAGGCAGUUAAUAUAUAUAGUGGAGAAGAAACCUUCCUCCGUAAGCUAUGCAUGUUGUAAGGGGUGACUAAAAUGCUGGGAGCAAGGGGCUAGUAACCCCUUUCUGUACAUAACCACGGGGGAGUUAAAAGAUAACUUAGGACUUUCGUGCUGCAAUCAACACAUAAUCAGGAGCUUGCAAUGUUGCAGAAAUGAGUAGGAAGACCAGGUAGAAGUGUUCAU